UAUAAAAAAUGAGUUCACAUCAUGAAUUGCACAUAUCUGUUGAACAUUCAGUUUCUGUUGACAUAAAUCACAUCUGUACACUUUCUAAGGAUAUUGGUGCUCUUUAUCUCUCAGAUGAUUACUCAGAUGUUACUUUAAUUGUUGGUGGACAAAAAUUGAAAAGUCACAAAAUUAUUUUAGCUGCACGUAGCCAAUAUUUUAGAGCUCUUUUAUUUGGAGGUUUAAAAGAAUCUACUCAACACGAAAUUGAAUUAAAAGAUGCUAAUUUAGCAGGGUUUAAAGGUUUGUUAGAAUACAUAUACACAGGACAAAUGCCUCUUGCAGAGAAACGUGAGGAGGUGGUAUUAAAUAUCCUUGGAUCAGCACAUCGUUAUGGAUUUUCAGAAUUAGAAACCUCUAUAUCAGAUUAUCUUAAAGAAAUAUUAAAUAUAAGAAAUAUAUGUCCCAUAUUUGAUGCAGCACUUCUUUAUCAACUAGAAUUUCUCAUCAAAGUUUGUCAUAAAUAUAUGGAUGAACGUGCAUGUGAAGUAAUGCAACAUGAAAACUUUUUGCAAUUAAGUGCUGAUGCUUUAAAUAAACUUAUUUCAAGAGAUUCCUUUCAUGCACCAGAGAUUGAUAUCUUUUUAGCUGUAGGAGCAUGGGUAAAAGCAAAUCCUGAUCCAGCUUAUAAAAGUGUUUUAGAUAAGGUACGAUUAAGUUUAAUUUCAAUCACGGAUCUCUUAAAUGUUGUUCGACCAACUGGACUAGUUUCUCCAGAAGCAAUCUUAGAUGCAAUAGCUGCAAGAACACAAACACAUAAUUCAGAUCUUAAUCACCGUGGUCGACUACUUGCUGAUUUAAAUGUUGCCCAUCCUAUGUACGGUGCACAAGUUUUACAAGGAGAAAUGCGUGGUUACCUUUUAGAUGGAGAUACAAAUAAUUAUGAUAUGGAAAGAGGGUACACAAGACAUACCAUUACUGAAUUACGAGAACAUUGUAUUUUAGUUAAAUUAGGAACUCAGUGCAUUAUCAACCAUGUUAAAAUGUUACUUUGGGAUAAAGAUAUGCGUUCAUAUUCUUAUUAUUUAGAAGUAUCUAUGGAUCAAAAGAGGUGGAUUCGAAUUAUCGAUUACACAGAAUACUUUUGUCGUAGUUGGCAAUACUUAUACUUUCAACCAAGAAUAGUUCUUUAUAUUCGUAUUGUUGGAACAAAUAAUACUGUCAAUAAAGUUUUCCACCUUGUGAGUUUUGAAGCAUAUUAUACAAAUCAUACAGAAAACCUUUAUGAUGGUUUUGUUAUUCCAACCCGGAAUGUUGCUAUUAUGGGUCAAGGUGCAACUGUUACAGAAGGUGUUUGUAGAUCUCGAAAUGCUUUAUUAAAUGGUGAUACAUCAAAUUAUGAUUGGGAUAGUGGGUACACAUGUCAUCAAGUUGGAUCUGGUUCUAUUCUGGUACAACUUGGUCAACCAUACGUUAUAGACUCUAUGCGAUUACUACUUUGGGAUUGCGAUGAUCGUUCGUAUUCUUAUUAUAUAGAAGUGUCUGGUAAUUCUCGAAGUUGGAUUUUAGUUGCUGAUAAAAGGAAAGAAUCUUGUCGUUCAUGGCAAACAAUACGCUUUACUGCACGUCCUGUCGUUUUUAUACGUAUUGUUGGAACACACAAUACAGCAAAUGAAGUUUUUCACUGUGUUCAUUUUGAAUGCCCUGCUCAAGGAGAUGAUGAUGAUGAUUGAACUGCGUAAGAAAAAAUGAAAAGAAAAUGAUCGA